AACAUGAGCGCUUCCCGCGGCUCGGCGAUGCACCAUCUUCGCUCAUCUGGAAGACUGGGCUGAUGUACAGUAGGAGAUGAAGCGUUCAGACAGCGACACAUCUCAAACAAGUCAUUCAGCGCGAUGAUGACGCGCUCCUUGUCCAAGCCAGCAUCGACGGUCAGGGCGCCCUCAAGAUGUCGGCGGCGUGCCGAGGUACCUCUCCUUCGAGCUCAACAGCCUGGCGUGCCUCGAGGAGGCCAGGGACCUCGGGUACGACGCCUUCAAGGUGGUCGCGCAGGGCGCCCACCGCGCGGAGCACCUGCUGGACGAGCACGGCCGGCCGCUGACACACGCGGGGCCCUGGGGGGAGGCCGCCGUGGGAGCGGGCGGCGACGGCGGUUGGCGGUCCUUCCAGGACGCCCUGGAGGACUGCCACCGCCUCUGCCUGGUGCACGACGCCGCGGCGGACGUCCCCGGCUUCGCGGCCGGCCCCCCGCGCUUCGUGGACCGGGACUUCGCCACGCUGCGAGCGUGCUUCCCUGUGGAGAGCCGCGACGACGAGGAGUGGUACGACGUGCACUGCCGGCACCGCAGCGCCGCGCCCGCCGCUCCGGCACCGCGGGCCCCCAGCGCCGCCCGCGCGCGGGGCGGAGCCCGGGAGCAGCGGAGCCGGGGAGGGCCUCUGACGAGGGUGGCCUGCCCAGCCAAUUGUCUCACACGCCUUUCAUCCACGGCAAGCAGGUGUCGUUGGACGUCAUGCUCUUGGUCUGGGCCCUGGGCCUCAGAGUCGAGACGGACCUGUCGCCGAGCGCAUUCCGAAUACGAGUCCCCCCACAAGCCUCUCGAAUCUUCGCGGCCCCCCUGUGCCUGGGCGCCUCGGAUCUGCGCAGGGCCUUCGCUGGCGCUGGCGAGGCCCUUGUUUUUGAGGUCCCGGGGGCUGGCCAUGAACUCCACCCUUGGGAAGAGGACCGCCUUGCCGAGACGGGGACAACGGUUCUAAAUCUCUUCUUCGUGGCCGCGCCGCUGGACGCUUCGGGGCAUGGAGUCGGCAAGGCCCAGCCGGAUCCGGCGCGCGUGGGGCAGGCGACGGUGAGGACCGCGUGGCCGAUCUGGCAGGUGGACUCGGCGAUCGACCGGAGUGAUCCCAGGUCGCUGCACCUGGCUGUGCACGCUCGGAGGGGCCAGGGCGCCCCCGGGGAGGCUGCCGCGGCAGGCUCGUCGGGGCACUUCGGCAUCGUGCUGAACUUCGAGGACGCCACCAAGUGCUGCGAGGCCCAGGGCCACCUGUCGAGGCGGCGCUGGGCGUUGCGGUCGCUGCUGUUGCAGCAGGCCGUCGCCCUCGCGGACAGUUUCUGCGGCGCCGCGUCCCCUGCGGCGGAGGCCGCCCCCGAGCACGCCGCGUACCCCGACGGUGGCGCUGGCCACUGGCGGGCGCCCCCCGACGUGGGCGGACGGGGCGCGCCGGCCGAGGCGGGCGCCUGGGUGGCGCCCGCGGAGGAUAGGCCGCCGGAGAUGGGCCAGCAGGUGACCUGCGGCUGCUUCGGGCGCCACCCUCAGGAGGAGGCCAAGUCUGCGCCCAGGCACGCGUGCAGGGAGGGGUUCGAGCAUCGAAGGUCUGAGGUCGUCAGGCUGCAGGCGACCGAGGCCCUGCUGGCCGACGGGAGCGGGUGGCCCGCGCUCGCGCUCAGGCCGGCGCCGGCCGAGGCGGGCCCACCUGGCCUCGCCGCCCGCGGCGCUGGCGGCGCCGCGGCGGGGAGCAGCGCCAGGGCGGGAGACGAGCUGCAGGCGUGGUUGGCAGCUGGCAGGCGGCACCUGGUACUUCACAUGGAUAUCAACAAGACGGUGCUCAUGUGCGACAGCGCGGGCGGCAAGGACUCCACGCAGGUGGUGCACGAGGUGAUCGCCAGCACCUCCUGGGGCGUGGAGGUGGACGGCCAGUGGCUGCUCCUCGAGGGCUCGGCCCCCGGCGUCCUGCGGCCUGAGGGCGACGGCUCUGGGGACGUGCUGAGCUACGCGGAGUGGGUCGAGCGGAAGCUUCCCGGGAGGGACAACUCGAAGGCGAGGCAAAGGCUCAUCGGCGUCGUCUGCGAGGACGGGUCCCCGGGGAUCAUGCUCCGCGGGCACGCCGAGAGGCUCCGAGCUGGCCUGAAGAUGCCGGACGGUACCGAUGUCGGGCUCUUGCCCGCCUUCUUCGAGCUGCUGCUAGCCCUCAAAACCGCAGAGCGGUCCUUCGCUCUGUGCUUCCGCAGCUUCGGGGAGGACAUGGACGUCGUAGCCGAGGAGCUGAACAUGUUCUGCGAGGGCCGGCACCCGCUGUUCCCCGGGGCGGUCUUCGACGGCAGGGACGGGCAGCCCGACUACCGGAUCUCCCUGUCGAGCCCGCACCAGUGCGGGACCUUUUUCCGGGACGAUUCCGGGAUUAAGCUCGUGAUGGGUACCAUCGACCAGCCGGGCGAGGGCAGGUUCAAGCACGUCGCGCCGAGCAUUGAUUUUUACGACUCCUUCACCGGGGUGGACGUGCGCUCCGGCUCGGAGGCCGAGAUCGGCGAGUUUGUCCGGAAACUCACUUCCACCACGGGCACCUUCGCCCUGCGGGACCACUUCUUCCACUGGAAAAACAAGAAGCAGUCGUCCACGGCUGGCAAGGUCUUCUUUUUCGAUGCCUCCGCCAGCACCAGCACGCACGACAUGUUCUUCGACGACAACAUUCGCUACAGCGAGACGCACAUAGUGCACCCAGUCGAGAUCAACAGCCCAGAGAGCCCGCAGUGGGCAAGCUCCCUCCUGCUGACGCACCUGUGCCGCGCCGAGGCGCUGGAAGCCAUCAGCGACAGGCUCUACUUUGUCAAGGAGGUGGUGCAGCGCGAAAGGCGCUUCGAGCGAAAGUUGCAGGCGAGGCAGAAGUUAGCUAGGUGCAUGCGGAAGGUGAAGGCAUUGAGAUGUUUCAUGUCCUUCAGCUUGGACUCGGCGCAAAUUGAGGACACGUACGACCCGUGGAAGGGUCUAAGGAAACACGACUGUCAGAUUUCACUCACAAGGGACGAAUCCUCCCCAGACGAUAUAUAUUAA